UCUAAAUAUUAAUUUUGUUAUAGUUGAACUGCAAAGUAUCUACAAUUAUGUUGAACAUGAUUUUUAUAAUCGCAACUUUUGCUGCUGGGCUUCUGAGUUGUAUAUCAAAUACAGAGGCUCAUUUAGAUAGUUAUUAUAAUUUAACAACAAAUGAUAUAAUUGAAAAAUGUAAAAAUAAUGCCGUAGAUUUUAAUGAAAUAAACGAAAUUUAUAAGGACGUAUAUAAUUUUUAUUUGGGAAAACAUGAAUUAUCAAUUGAGGAUGUUUUAAAUAAGACUGACGACAAUUGUAUGGGAGAUUUAAAUCUCACGAAUAUAAUUGAAAGUGCAUUAAAAGUUAUACAAAAUUGUCUUAAGGAUGAUAUUUCCCUAACAGACGACGAUAUUAAAGUUUUAAUUCGUCAAAUUUUAAACAAAUUAUGUACUGUAACUCGACUUAAUUUCUACGAAAAUAGUCUUAGCAAUUGUAUGGAUAAGGAUUUCGAAGAAAGGUGUGAAGAAAAUUUAUUUAAAUCAGCAAAUGUUACACAGGAUACUUUAAAAAAUAUAAGAGUAUCUACAUAUAUAGGAUUGAAAUAUUCUCCGAAAGAACGAGAGAUAAUUAAUGGACUGUUUUACUGUUCAUCAACUAAAAACUGUACUCAUGAACAGAGCCGUGCGCAUUUGAAUUUGGAACUCAGAGUGAUGGCUGCAGUAUUAGAUGAAGUUUAUUAAAAACGUUAUGUUUUUAAUUUUCAACUGUUGAAAAAAAAUACAAAAUAACUUGUAUUCUACUGAAACACUUUUUAAGUAAUCGAAGUUUAAUUAAAUUUUUGAAAAGUGUUAUUUGGUAAAAUUAUUUAACACAACUUUUGAUUUUUCAAAAUUGUAACUGAAAAAUUUUUAAGGUUGCAAAUUUGUUUCAGUUAAAAUAUUGUCUAUUAUUUUGAAAAAUAUUAAUAUUUGAGAAAAAUAUUUAUAACAUAUAUAUAAUGAUUUUUAAAGCUUUUUUGACGAGCUACACGCUGUUAAUAAAAUUUUUUUUUUUUUUUAAAUAACAUUUGACCUUGAAAUUCAAGGUCAAAAUGUUAAUUUACGUUUAUCUCAAAAUCGGAUUUUUUAAAAUUAUUUUUAACUAUCUCAAUGGAAAGCUUGACUAAUUUCCUACAAAACAUGUAAUUUUCAGAGUGGGAUCUUUUAAAGUUUUUGAGAUAUUAAUUAAUUAAUUAAUUAAUGUUUAUAACAAAUGAAAUAUUUUACAAACGAAUAAAGUUACCGUAAUGCUGAAGUUAGUAAUUGAAAGUUAACGUAAUUCCUCAUCCAAAAGCCCUAUAUGAAGUAUUUUUGUUCAAUUUUAGUUAUUUAACAAUAAAAAAUGAAAUAUCUUACAAACAAAUAAAGUUAUCGUAAGUCUAAACUAACCAAUUGAAAGUUAAGGUAAUUCCGCA